AUGUUUCGGCGCGGUUUAUCAGACGCAGAAAUUGCGGAUUUGAUCAAUCAUAGCGACACUCUGGAUAAUGUAGAGAGUGAUUCAGACGAUUCUGAAUGCAAUGGUGUGUUUGAAGAAGACGAGAUUGAUGACAGUUUGUCUUCAGAUGAAGACGAGAAUGAUGUUGAAGGUGUUGCUUCAAAUCCAGCAGCUGUGCCGUAUCCGAAAGACAGUGAGUGGACUGCAGUUGACACCUACCGACCUCUGCCUGUCAACACGACACCCAGGCAGAUACUAGUGGAUAUUGAUGAGUCGAGUUCUGUACUGGAUUGCAGUAAAGUGUUCCUUACUGACAGUGACGUAAAUGAACUCAAGAGACAGACAAAUUUGUAUGCAUCACAGACAAUACAGAAGAAAAGAAGAGGAAAUAAUCUGAAGCCCCAUUCAGUUUUGAGUUCGUGGAAGCCAGUGACUAUAAGUGAGAUGAGGCGUUUCUUGGGUAUUAUUUUCCACAUGUGUGUUUCGAAAAAGCCCAAAAUUGCGGACCAUUGGAGCACUAAUCCUGUUCUUAGUUGUAACUUUUGUCCCCAUGUCAUGAGCCGUUUGCGUUUCACUCAGAUAUUGUCAUGCUUGCAUCUUGUUGACAAUUCAAAUCAGAAAAAACCAGGCGAAGAUGGAUUUCAUCCACUUUACAAAGUUUUGCCAUAUUAUAAUAAUUUGAAGGAGCGAUGUAUCCAGGCAUAUCGUCCCUCAGAAAAAGUGACAAUUGAUGAAGGAAUUUGCCCAUUUCGAGGUCGUGUGAGUUUCCGUGUUUACAUGCAAAAUAAGCCUCAUAAGUAUGGACUGAAAGUAUAUGCUGUUGCUGAAGCCAGUAGUGGCUAUGUUGUAAAUUUUGAAGUUUAUGCUGGUAAGCAUAUUGUUGACAAUUCUUCGUCUGCGGUUAUUUUGCGAUUGUUGUCUGACAGCAGCUUGCUGAACAAAGGCCACACUGUGUAUUUAGAUCGAUUUUAUUCCAGUCCAGAGCUAUUUCAGCAACUGGCAGAGAAAGGCACUGGAGCUGUUGGUACUGUGAACAAAUCCAGGAAAGGAUUGCCUAAAGAUUUAGUAUCUGCUAAGCUGAAAAAGGGCGAAAUGUCUUUUCGGCGUAAAGAUAAUGUAUUGGCAAUGAAGUGGAAAGAUAAGAGAGAUGUGUAUACAUUGUCUACAAGGCAUCAAGCAACAUUUGGUACGCAUACUAAGAGAAAUGGGUCUGUAGUAUUGAAACCACUUCAGGUACUUGAUUACAACCUCAAUAAAAUUGGAGUGGAUAUUGGAGACCAACGCCUGCAGUACAAUCCGUUCCAGCACAGAACUGUGAAAUGGUGGCGAAAAUUAUAUUUCCAUUUGCUGCUUAUGGGAGUAUCAAAUGCAUUUUGGCUGUACAAUGCAGUGCACAGGAAGAAAAUUACAAUAACAGACUUUAUAACAGUGCUUGCAGUUCAGCUUGUUGAAGACGACACACUUGAAUUCAUUCCAAGAAAUGAAGGAACUGUAGGUCGGCUAACAAAGAGACAUUUUUUGCAGCACAUACCUGCAACUACUAAGAAGUAUUCCUGCACGUGUAUUGAUUAUAGCAUUAAGUUAAAUAUGUGCAAGCAUAUACAUAAUGUUUGCGAACGAGACAGUACAGAACAAAAUCCUUUUGAAAUUUCUGAAUUACAAGAUGCAGUAGCUACAAAUGUUGGAGAUAUGUCUUGCAUUAAUGAGAAAGAAGUGAUUCUGAAGCAAGUUAAUGUAGGUGCUGUUCCCACCAGUAGUGGUAUCUCUUUCAUUAGCCCACAAAGAAGUCUCAAGAGGAAACUUGUGCCCCAGAGGAGGCUGUUUUCAACAAAGAAGACAAGUUCCUCAAAACGCAUAUCCAUGGCAGUUCCUAAUGCAGAAGAAACCAACAACAUCCUGAGAACACUUCUGGAUGAAGAGCCUGACACUGAGUGUGAUCAGCAAGGUUUUGGUAUGCCAUGGCAGCAAGAGCUUCCUCACACCACACCACGUAUGAGAUUAAUUCUGCGUUAUGCGCAAUACUGA